AUGGAUCCGACCGAGCUAAAACGCGUAUUCCAGAUGUUCGAUAAGAAUGGGGACGGUAGAAUAACAAAAAAAGAAUUAACAGAUUCGUUGGAGAAUUUAGGAAUCUUCAUACCCGACAAAGAGUUAACACAAAUGAUCGAGAAGAUCGACGUCAACGGAGACGGCUGUGUAGAUUUAGACGAGUUCGGAGAAUUGUAUCAAUCCAUCAUGGACGAACGCGACGAAGAGGAAGAUAUGAGGGAGGCUUUCAAUGUAUUUGAUCAAAAUGGAGACGGUUUCAUAACGGUUGAGGAGCUAAGAGUGGUUUUGUCAUCUCUUGGUCUUAAACAAGGAAGAACCGUUGAGGAAUGUAAGAAGAUGAUUAUGAAGGUGGAUGUUGAUGGUGAUGGUAUGGUUAAUUACAAAGAGUUUAAGCAAAUGAUGAAAGGAGGAGGAUUCAGUGCUCUUGGAUAA